AUGCUGAUCGGCAGGGCACUUGGGACGCGUUUUUGGACGCGAAGAUGUCUGCGUGUUAGUUUUCGGCACGCUAAAGCUUUCCAUGGGACCGCAUGGCAGCUUCAAGCAGAGAUCAUUGAUGGAAAGUCUCUUGCACAAAAAAUUCGAAAGUCUCUGUCGCAUGAGAUUGACACCUUGAAAACGGCUAGUCCGUCUUUUCAUCCACGUGUAGCAAUUGUGCAAGUGGGUGGACGCGAAGAUUCAAAUGUCUACGUUCGUAUGAAGCAGAAAGCUGCUCAGGAAAUUGGCGUCGGCUUCGUUCAUUGCCAUUUCCCCGAGACGGUGUCGGAGGAAGAGCUUUUGCAAAGCGUGCAAGGCUUAAACGACGAUCCUUCCAUUCACGGAAUUUUGGUGCAACUGCCUUUGCCUAAAGGCUUGAAUGAGCGACUGGUUUCGGAGAGUAUUGUUCCUGAAAAGGAUGUUGACGGUUUCAAUGAAGUGAACAUGGGACGUCUGUCGAAGAAUACGGCAAAACCUAUUCACUCUGCAUGCACUCCUAAGGGUGUUAUGGAGCUUCUUCAAUACUACAACAUCCCGAUCGCUGGUCGCCAUGCUGUGGUUUUGGGUCGGAGUGAUAUCGUUGGUAAUCCUGUUAGUUAUUUACUGAGAAAGGCCAAUGCCACUGUCACCGUCUGUCACUCCUACACUCAAGAUUUACCGAAAUACGUUGGCGAGGCUGAUAUCGUUGUUGCAGCAUUGGGCAAACCGGAAUUCGUCCGUGGUGAAUGGUUGAAACCCGGGGCCACAGUCAUUGAUGUCGGUAUUAACUCUGUCCAAGACGGUGCUCGCCGCAAGCUUGUCGGUGACGUUCAUUUCGAGUCUGCCAAGAAGGUUGCCGGUUUCAUUACUCCCGUUCCUGGUAGUGUGGGUCCCAUGACCGUCGCAAUGUUGAUGUCCAACAUUGUCGAUGCAGCAAAACUUGCUUACGCGAAAAGCAGAGCUAUCCCCAAGGUGGAGCUGUUGCCUCUUGAGUUAAAGACGCCCGUUCCUUCUGACAUUGAGAUUGCCAAAACGCAAACCCCUAAGGAAAUUUGCCGUCUUGCCGAAGACAUCGGUAUUCUUCCCUCUGAAAUUGAGCCUUUCGGUCCUUACAAGGCAAAGGUCAGUUUGGAUGUGUUAGACCGUACGGUCGAUCGUCCUAAUGGUCAUUAUGUGCUUGUGAGCGGUAUUACCCCCACUCCUUUUGGUGAAGGCAAGAGUACUGUGUUGAUUGGAAUGGCACAGGCCCUGGGUAACUUAGACAAGCUUUCCAUUGCCUGUGUUCGUCAGCCCUCUCAAGGUCCUACGUUUGGUGUUAAGGGCGGUGCCGCAGGUGGUGGUUAUGCUCAGAUUAUUCCCAUGGAUGAGUUUAACUUGCAUUUGACCGGUGACAUUCAUGCUGUUACCGCAGCAAACAACCUGAUGGCGGCUGCUUUGGAAACAAGAAUGUUUCAUGAAGACACACAAACGAACGAGGCUCUUCUCCGUCGCUUGAUUCCCGUCAAGAACGGUAAGCGUGUACUUCACAAAGGAAUGAAGGCUCGCUGGGAGGCCAUUUGCGCUAAACAUGAAUACGACUCCUCAAAACUUGACGAAGCCCCUAAAGAGCUUUUGUACGAACUCACUCGUCUGGACAUUGAUCCUUCCACAAUCACGGUGAACCGUGUUUUGGAUGUUAACGAUCGUUUCCUGAGAGGUGUUGAGGUUGGCAAAGCACCAACCGAGAAGGGACAUGUUCGUGAAGCAGCUUUCGACAUCUCUGUCGCGAGUGAAUGUAUGUCUGUUUUAGCUUUAGCAAAUGACCUUCCUGAUUUGCGCCGCCGUCUCGGACGCAUUGUUGUCGCCAACAACAAAGCAGGCGAACCCAUUACGGCCGAGGAUUUGGGUGUUGCUGGUGCCAUGGCAGUUCUCAUGAAGGACGCCGUGAAACCUAAUUUGAUGCAAACGUUGGAGGGAACACCCGUGAUGGUUCAUGCUGGUCCCUUUGCCAACAUUAGUAUCGGCGCUUCCUCCGUGCUUGCCGAUCGCAUUGCCCUGAAGCUUGCCAGCGGUGGCUCUAACGGCGAACCUGGUUAUGUGCUUACGGAAGCUGGAUUUGCUUCGGAUAUCGGUAUGGAGAAGUUUUUCAACAUCAAGUGUCGCAGCUCUGGUCUCGUUCCCAACGCUGUUGUUUUGGUUGCCACAGUUCGUGCACUGAAACUUCAUGGAGGUGGACCUGAUGUAUCUCCUGGUAAGGCCUUGCCUGAGCAGUACACGACUGAGGAUGUUGAACUCGUUCGCCGCGGUUGUGCAAACAUGGCUAAGCACAUUGAAAACUGCAAAAAAUUCAAUGUUCCCGUUGUGGUAGCUGUGAACAAGUAUAUCACCGACACGGACGCCGAGCUGGAUGUGAUCCGGGAGGAAGCCAUCAAGGCAGGUGCCUUAGACGCUGUUACGUCCGAACACUGGGCAAAGGGUGGUCAGGGUGCUAUUCCUUUGGCUCGUGCAGUAAUGAAUGCAUGUGAAAAGUCGAAGAAUCAAAAGUUUAAGUUUUUGUACGACGUCAAUCUCACGAUCUCUCAAAAGAUCGAAAAGAUUGCCGUGGAAAUGUACGGUGCAAGUGGAAUUGAGCUUUCGCCUUUAGCACGUGAAAAGAUGGAGCGUUUUAUUGAACAAGGCUUUGGACAUCUUCCUGUCUGUAUGGCCAAGACACAAUACUCGUUGUCGCACGACCCUAAGUUGAAGAAUGUCCCCAAGGACUUUGUUAUUCCUAUCAGAGAUAUGAGACUUAGCGCGGGUGCUGGUUUUAUUUAUCCUUUGGUCGCCGAAAUUAUGACUAUUCCCGGACUCCCUACUGCACCCUCUUACUUGAACAUCGACAUUAACGACAAGGGCGAGGUAUUUGGAUUAUUUUAA